GGAAUGUGUGAAGGAAAAAAUCGAUUUGAUGAGGCUCACUGCCACUUCUCAAGGUUCCGUGGUGAAUGAUUGUAAUGUGGCUGAGAAACUAAGCCACAGCAGUGCCCUAGGAAUCAAGCGCAAAGAUUUGAACGGCAGCACCUCCUCAGGCCAAGGGUGUUGCAAUAAGGAUUAUAUGAGUGAUGAGGAUUUGGAGGAACAUUUAAGAAAAAUGAAGGCUAAGUCUGCUGAAAUGCUGAAGAAGUUGUCUGAAAAAAGGUAUCAACUAUUGCAGACCUAUGGCAAAUCAUUUAUCCCUACAGUGCAGGCAUCUAACGCACAGCCUUGUUCCAGGUACAAUCUAAAGCUUAUUUAAUAUUUGUAUUGAAUAGUGUAAUUUGAAUUUGUACUUGUGAUUCAAUUCAUAGAAGACACUUUGCACGUUUGUCCCCCUAUUGGUGUAUUUUAUGUAAAUCUUGAUUAGAAACAAAUUGUAUUCCAUAUAAAAAAAAAAAUAAGUGCACAAAAUGAAGGACAACCAAGAGUGCUACCACAAGUAGUGGUUGUCGUCUCUAGAAACUAACUCUAGGAAGAUUAUGUACACUAUCUAAUAAUCUCAUUACAGCUUUUUAAUCUAAAUUAACCAUUAACCA